AUCCUUUAAAAUAUUUUUAUUCAAAACCACCGAACCGAAGUCCCUGAGUUCGGAAAUGGAGGAACGAGAAAUGCGGCCCCACCAAGAAAGCUUAGUUGAAGCUGCGCUCCGAGUUCUGAACACUGCCGACCCGUUCAAGAAGGCGCGAGUCGGCGACUCGGUGGCUUCGCGGUGGCUGAAUGGCGCCAUCCCUGAACCCUACCACUCUUCACGUGACCUAACGGUUCCUGAUCGUCCCGCAAGGCUCUCCACUGUGAAGUUAGUGGCGCCAAGUCUUAUGCCGAAGCUGGGGAAAGCGGGCAGCUUGCAGAGCAGAAUCGCCAUUGUUCACAGCCUCACUCACACUGAAAGCUGGGCAAUUGACUUGUCUUGGGAUAUAAUUGCACGAUUUGGUAAGCAAGAAGCAAUGCCUAGAGAGUUCUUUACGGAUUUUGUGAAGGUAGCACAGGAUGAAGGGCGGCACUUCACACUGCUUGCUGCACGGCUUGAGGAGCUUGGUUCUUAUUAUGGAGCAUUACCAGCUCAUGAUGGUCUUUGGGAUUCUGCCACUGCUACUUCCCAGGAUUUACUAUCACGAUUAGCAGUUGAACAUUGUGUCCACGAGGCCAGAGGACUUGAUGUGCUACCUACAACAAUCUUACGUUUCCGCAAUGGUGGUGACGACGCUACAGCAGAUUUACUAGAAAGUGUAGUUUACCCAGAAGAAAUAACACAUUGUACUGCUGGAGUGAAGUGGUUCAAGUAUCUAAGCCAGAGGUCUAGAAAUCCAGCCUCCUCGGAUAAAAAAGAGCAAGAAGUUUGUGCAGCAGAAAGUGGAAGUAGAGCAGAGGAGAACGAAGUGAUACCAAAGUUUCAUGCAAUAGUGAGGGCAUAUUUCAGAGGACCUUUAAAACCACCUUUUAAUGAGGCUGCUAGAAAAGCAGCCGGAUUUGGUCCCGAGUGGUAUGAACCGCUUGCUGUUAGAGAGGCCAAUACCCAAUAA